UGUUGUGAAAACCCAAGGAGAGGAGGAGGUGAAGCAGGAGAAGCUGGUCCUGCCCCCCUUCUCUGGCGGCUCCCCAGCUGGCCUCUCCCUGGGAGCCCGAGUCCAGAAAGAAGGAAGUGCUGAUUCUGAGGGGAAAAAAAGACAUGGGCCCAGCUGGUUGUGUCUUCUUGCUGCCCCUUCUGCUGGGGAUCUCAGGCGCCAGUGAGGAGGAACCAGAGAAUCUCCUGAAGUCAAUCUGCGGGCGCCCCGCCGUCUCAUCUGGCAUUGCCUCGGGCAGGGAGGCCAACGUGGGCCAGUGGCCCUGGCAGGUCAGCAUCCGCCAGGGCCUGCUUCACAUAUGUGCAGCCACCAUCAUCUCAAAGCAGUGGGUGCUGACCGUGGCAAGCUGCUUCCGGUCUAAGGACACCAGAAAAUACCAUGUGUUGGUGGGGUCACUUCAGGUCUCUGAUCGCCCAAGCUCCAAAACAACGGCAAUCCCUGUGUCCAGGAUUAUCCCCUACCCUCACUUCCAGGGAAACACAACUAGUGCCAUCGCUGUGGCAAAACUGGCCUAUCCAGUUUCUUUUACCCCUGUUGUCCUGCCCAUCUGCCUCCCCUCAUCUGCAGUACAGCUCAAGAACUCAACCUCCUGCUGGGUGACUGGAUGGGGCUAUUCUGGAAUGCACCAACAUAUGAAGCCAUCUUAUAUACUGAAGGAGCUGGAAGUGCCCCUUAUGGAUCUCCAGACAUGCAGUGACUACUACCAGAAAGCAAACCUGCGUGGAAUCAAGCCCAUCAUCAGUGAAGCCAUGAUCUGCUCCAAGCUCCCAGUGGGGCAGACAGAUCAGUGUAUAGGCAGUAGAGGUGAUCCCCUGACGUGUAGAGUGGAGGAUUUCUGGGUCCUGGCAGGAGUGGUCAGCUGGGAGUCAAACUGCAUCCAAAACAAUGAGCCUGGAAUAUAUACAAACAUCAGUUUCUAUAAAUCUUGGAUUGAGAAGCUCCAUGCCCAGUGUGGAGCCCAAUGACCAAGCAAGACCUGAGGGGAGAUCAUGUCGAAUCCCUAACCGACUGAGCCACCUAGGUGCUCCUAGAAGUUGAUGGUUUUGAUGAGAGAUUUUGAGGAGUCACCAAGACAGAUGCAGUUCUGCUAUUUCUGCUAGUCACCAUAAGCCUAACGUGCCUGUUGCCUUUUAUCCCCAAGUCAACCUGGAAAACAAGAUCCCCAGUGUUAAUAAAGUUUGGUU